CUUUCUUACGGCGGUUUUGUCGGGGAUUAACCCUUUUAUAGUUUGUUUACAAAAUCUAAAUCAUAAAUUGUCUAUAUAAUAACUUUUAUACGUGAAAAUCAUGAGUUUUAAAGAAGUGAACAGUGAACAUCGCCAGGAUUGGCAGAUGACAUCAACUGGUGUUGGACACCAUUACAGACCAGGUUAUUACUUUCCAAGCUCGCAAUUCCAGACUGAAUUGUACCAACCACUGCCUCCUGGUCUAGCUAAGCAAGAUGAAAUGACCCGAGACCAUCAUUACGAAACCACUACAGGAAAAACACAUGAUAGUAAAUAUGCCAAAGGAAGUCCUUAUCAGAAUCCUUUAUACAAGAAACCACCUGGUCAUUGGAAGGUUGACUAUGUAAAGGACUUAGCAGAAAAGCUUGGCAAAGGAGGAUGGCGAAAGCCGCUAACAAUGGGUAAUCAAAAAUCUGAGACAAAAGAGUGUUAUUCAGCACCCCCUGGCAUCCGGGAGAAGUACCAUUUUGAUGACACAGCAGGAUUGAAUUUGCCUCAGUCAUACAGCCUUAAUGAUCAUCACCGUGAAGGCCCCUCAAAGUACGGCCAAGCCACUACCCAGAACCCCAAACUACAAGGGGCUCCGUUUUAUGUCCGAGACAAGGGAAUCCUACGACAACUUGACCCUUACUUAUCAACAACACAACAAGAUCAUCGGUCAUUUACAGCUAAUGAGCUCAAACGUUAUCCGAAAAAGGACAUUGCGACAUACUGGGAGUGUGAGGAAUAUCCUAAAGCCUGGGGACAUGGCCAGAAACACAAUCCUCUUCCUAAAGACACCAUCCCACGAGAACCAUUACCAAUGGUUGACCCUAUUUGGUUUAAGACCAGGACCAAGGUUCCUCGAGCUCCCAAGCCUAUGAUCCCAGUCCCUCAUGCUGGUCUCAAAUCUCUUUAUGCCGAGUCCUUCAUGCAACCCUCAGAUGUGAAAGCAAAGGAAAACCAAUUCUGCCCAGUGGACACCCCAUGGACAUUACCUCCUCCAGGAUCUAAAUCUGCAAUGACUGCUCCCAAGAUGUACAACACAGAGUACCAGCAUGUAGGCAGUAACAAGCCUAUAAUGGUGUGAUAACAUUAGUAUUCCUGGAUGUUUGUGGACAAUAAAAGACAGAAGAUCAAUUAAAUGUGGGAAUAGA